UCAAAUCGAUGAUCGUUUUCACGAUGGACGGCGAACGUGCCGUGGACUCGAUGUUCGUGCAAAAUGACGAUGUUUCGUGCUGACAAUGCUAUAUACUUGAGGAUUUACGUGCAUCGGUAUACAUAAUCGUGAUUUUCGGUCAUUUCGUGUGAAAAAUAGGGAGUAAAGAUUGCGUAAAACCGACGAAUUGUUGAUGGUGCUAGUGUGAAGUCUGUGCUGUGUACGACGGUAGUCUUCUCGUGUGCUUUCGUGCCGCUGUCAACGAGAGUCUAAAUAUUCAGGCUUUAGGUUAACUAUAAUAAAGAAUUCAACAAAUCGAAUAAGAAACACAAGCCGAAUUUUGUAUUCGAGGAAUAAGAGGAACCUUUAUUCGUCUCAAGGAAAGAGUGGCGCGAGGUACGCCCCUUUUACAGGUGCCAAUAACAUUUUUCCAACACCCAUAUCGAGAGAAUCGAAUAACGAAGAUAGCUCUCGAAGAAACUGAAUCGAAACAGUUCGUGUUCUCGAAUCCCCUAACGAAAUAUUUUUCAGUGUCUUCGGCUUCGCUGGCUGUACUUCAUUUUUCCACUGUUUCGCGCAAAAUCGAUAGGAGAAGCUCGCACAUUGUCCGCGGACCGUGGAACGCGGGAGGAGAGUUGCCGACAAAAAUAGCAAGAGUCCUCGGCAGACACGGCAAACAGUGUCCUUAGUUGUUGCUGAUCGUCCUUUUAUCGUGAGCCGGCAUUAUUUCGUGGUGACUCUUUAACAACGCUACGUACGGCGCUGCUUGUCGACGGAACGUUGCCUGCAGUUUCAAAACAUCGUGUCUUUUUUCGCAGACCCGUGUCCGGCACGAGCCAUAACAUAGCCUGUGAUCAUUCAAAUAUCCCCGUUACCUGUGUCGUUUUUUGGAUGUUUUGACGCGAAUGUGUCAAAUGAUCUGAAAAUCAGAGACAAUGUCGUACCAACGUAAAUAAUUCAUCAGUUGGCGAGCACGGUCGUCGGAACGCACACUCUAACCUUACUCCGAACGAAAUUCAGCGGUCUUCGUGCACCUAACCUUUGCUUUUUCAUCAGUAAUUGUUUGCAUUGUUCGAAAUAAGUUUAACACGUGUCACGCAAUACUGUGAUUAAAAAAAACGUGCAUGUAUGAAGAAGAACGCCGAAAAUCUAUGAAAGCAUCGUUUCGCCGGCUAUGACGAGAACAAGGACUCGUUCGAACGGAUUGUCGCUGCAGCCGUUGCUGAUGCUGUGAUUUCAUUGAAUGUGGAGUGCGAUUUCGCGCCUCUUCGUCAAGGGCAAAACAGAGGAAUCUGCCCCGAGGACGGAGGAUCGGACGUGUGACGACGUAUCCGAUACGGUCGUCCAUGUUUUCGACGCAAUGGAUCGUAACGCGGGUGACGAUCGACGUAAAGGUCCUGCCGGCGAGCAGCAGCACGGUGGAGCCGAAUCUGAACACUUCUCCGACGCUUACGAUUCCCGUCAGGCCAAACAACGUGCCUCCGUAAAAUGGCUCCUGUCGAAGGCGUACAACAACCGAGUGCCAGAAAACCUUCGUGAGCCAUAUUAUGUUGAUCACGAGGAUCAAGAACACCUGAAGCCGCAGAUCGUCCACGCACUUUCCAAUGCAGAGCUCUACUGUUUGGCAUUGGCAAACAUCUAUUCGGAUCCAAAUUAUCAUAAUCAGAAUCAUUGUGGAAUUCUGCAAGCUCUUGCCAGAAAGGGCGUUUACCUCGCGGAACCAAACAACACUCAACUCACCGAAACGAUCCUCAUUCAAAAUUCACCACUUAAAAUGUCCGCGCAUAUGGCUGUGAUAGAGGGCCUGAUGGUCCUGUACGCGAAGGAGGUGGUGACAGGAGAUAGAGUGGUGUCGGCGAUUCGACGGUUCGAUCCCCAGGCCGAAGUGGACGUUCCAACGGACCAUGAAAAGGGACUUCUUCUCUGGAUAAGUCACGCGUCCCACGCGUUGAUUGCGAAAAUCCAAACGGAGGAGGGUGCCGGCGACAAAACCCGACUGCCAGAGCUGCCAGCUGCCAAGGACUUCCAAUCGUUGUGCGAUGGUGUGGGCCUAGCCGCCGUCGUGGCGUUUUACUGUCCCGGAGAACUGAACUGGAUGGACAUCCGAGUGUCGAAGAGACCAUCGGUCGCGGACGCGUUGCACAAUUUGUCGCUGGUCCACGCGUUUUGUAACAGAUGCCUACCGUAUUCCAUUUUUCACAUGCAACCCGAGGACGUGACGUACAUGAGGGGGUCAAUGAAGCAAAACUUAGUCGUAUUCCUGGCGGACAUGUACAACGUUCUGGAGAUACAUCCCGCGAAAUGCGUUCGUUAUCCGGGCGAAGAAAGGGCGAUGCAAUUCUUAGAUGCCUGCCCGCGCAAUAGUCAUGGCGUAGCUCAUAAAAGAAGUCUACCACAGUCUAUAGCUCCGAUACCUGAUCUGAGAAGCAACCUCUCCGUAUCCGCGCCAGGCUUCACAGUUGCGAAAGCACCGUCGUCCUCCGCCGUCAAGAAGUCGCAAUCGUUGCAACAAACUGCCGAAAAUUAUUCUCACGAUGACAGACGAGCGGGAAGCGAAGAAAGUUUCGUAGUCCAUCGGGGUAAGGGCAUUCCUACGUUAAGCUCCGUGGCAGACGAGAAAUCUGUAACUAGAGCAGACGCCGCUGGUCGGCCGAGCAACUGGGAAGAACAGAGAAGAAGCUCUUAUGCAGGCCGACGAUCCAGGCGUAACAGCGUUUCGGACGAUUCUCAACUGACCAUCGAGAACUUUGGUGGAUCUCAGGAUAAUUUACAUAACUUCGGUAGAAAUCCGGACAAGGAGGUCGGAGCUCACAUAGGCAAACGUAGCACCACAGAGCCCACGUUACCGGCCAGAUCCAGCGUUCAGGAUGUGUACGGUAGCGGUGUUCAGCAUAUACUCGCGGACAACGGAUACGGGAAUGAAGAACCACCGAAACUGAGAAGGCAAACCUCGAACUCCAGCUUGGACAACGUCGCGCUCAAGCAGAUUUUACAUUCCAGUGAUAACGAUAAUUCAGAAGGAGACACGUCCAAGUUGGCAAGCUUCGCGAACCUAAGCAGACAAAGCUCGGACAAGGGGAUCAAUCUGACCUACACGGAACAGGAACGCGAGGACACCACUUCUAAAUCGAAUCUUUCGAACAAAAAGCAUGGCCAAACGAACGGUAACGGGAACGGAGAGAAGAAAACGACGUUCGCCACGUUACCGAACACGACGACAUGGCAGCAGCAAAGUAAUCAGCAGUCUCAGCAGGCGGAGCAACACUCUGCUGAUGAAAACGGUGGUAACACGAUUAUGGCAUCGCAACUGAAUAACAUUAGAUUGAAGCUGGAAGAGAAACGGCGACACAUAGAGAACGAGAAGAGGAGAAUGGAGGUUGUCAUGUCGAAACAACGUCAAAAAGUGGGAAAAGCCGCGUUCUUGCAAGCUGUCACGAAGCUGUACUUGGUGGGUAAGGUUAAAUCUCCUUCUUCGUCAACGUCUGGGGGGGACAGUCCGGCUGAAAUUGGUCCCCCCACUCCUGUAACCUCCGGAUCUUCGGGGGAGACCCCGACAAGUGUUUCCGAGACGACCCUCGUAACCCAACAACCCCCUCAAGAAAAACCACAGAGACCCUUCUCGCUCAAGGAAAUUAGCGAGGAUGUUCGGGAUGUUGAACACAAAUGGCUGGAACAUGAUGGUAAUGCACCGUUUAUUGAAACAAGGCGUACACCAGAUAUUGAGAACAUGGAUCUUGAGCAGUAUCAUCAAUCCAUUUCACAACAUACACUUUUUCGCAGAAUGAAUAACAGCCUCAGUGAAAUACAAGCCGAUAUACAACGUUUGGCAAAUCAGCAGAAUCAGAUACAGCAGCAACACUUAAUGACACAGCAUCAACAACAAAUGCAACAACAACUGCAACAAUUACAGAGUCUAAGUCAACAACAUUUACAAAGUUUUGGAAUGGCGCCAAUGAAUCCAUUAACAUCUAAAUUGCAAGAUACUCAGCAACAGUCUCAAUUCUACUUACAUGAUCAACCACAACUACAGAGACGAAUGUGGGGUCAACCACCUCCUACCCAAAGUUUAGCGAAUGAAAUGGCUGCAGUUGGUUAUAACCAACCUAUGGAUCCUCGAUAUGGCUCUCAACCAACAAGUACAUACAUUACAGAUCAAUUGACUUAUCAGCAAGAUAUGCGUUUAUAUCAAGACACGCGGAAUUGGGGAACGCAUCAACCUCAACAGAAAGGUUUUGUUUUGCACGAUACUCCUCAGGAACCGAGGUACCUUAAUGGUGGAGAUCAUAGUCUUUGUAAUAAUCAAAUGAGUCACCCUGGUUCUACAUAUCCAACUUCUGCAUCCAUCUUCAAUCAAACACCACCAUCUUCUGCUAGUCCACAACAUCGUAACGCUGUUCAUCGAAUAAGUCAGUUAAUGAGUGAAAGCCCUGAACCAAAAAGGCCGACUGUACAUCACAUACCAAUAAAGUGUGAAAGUCCUACAGAAAAAAGGCAAGUUACAGCGUUACAUGCCCCCGUUCCAGCUCCACCCGUUGACGACAUGAAACCUCAAAAUAUCUCAUUUAUUGGAAAUGAUGAUGAGCUUACACAAGGUAUAAGAGGUUUACAUAUUACGUCUGGCAGCCGUACAUAUAGAAUUCCAUCACCAACUAGACCUUCAAUAUCACGCAAUUCAUUUCAACCUCAUCCAUCAUUAAGAGAAGCCACACCAUCUCCAUCAGGUACGCCAGAGGUAACACCUCUCGAUCCAACGGAUGCUGGUGAGAAAGGAUUUUACAUUUGCUUUGAUAACGAUGCACCGAAGAAACCAAAACCGACCCUUAGAGUGAAAAGAACAUCUCCCAAAAAGGAAAGAAGUGUAUCGUCGUAUGUUGAAAACGAAGAUUUCACGGUACGUCCUGAAUCGCCAUCUGUAAGCGCCAUCGAUAGACAACAGAAACAGCUAGAAGCUCAACGAGAUUUAGAUAGAGAAAAGCAACGUCAAGCAGAUGAAAGAGAAUUUCAGCGACAAGAAAUUCGAGAUAGGGAACUGCAAAGAGAAAUGGAGAGAGAAAAGCAGAGAGAGCGACGCGAAGCUAGUGCAGAAGGUCGACAAUCUGGAGUUGGCUUAAUAAUCGGAAAUCAACUUGCAAACCCAGAUCCAAACUCUUUGGAUGAAAUGGAGCGGAAAAAAGAACGUAUAAUGUUACUGUCGCUACAAAGAAGACAGCAGCAAGAGGAAAUGAAAGAAAGGAAAGAGGCAGAAGCUCAGGCACGUCGCGAACAAGAGAAAUUGAAAGCUGAGGAAAGAGCUCGUAAAAAGGAGGAGGAAAGACAACGAAGAGCGGCUAUUUUGGAGCAACAUAAAGUAAAAAAGGCGAUAGAGGAAGCGGAAAGAGAAGGAAAAGUUAUCGAUAAAGAGCUUCUAAAUGCGAUAAAACCGACAAAAUUGCGAAAUAAGACUGCUACAACCCGACCACGACCCAAGACAAUUCAUGUGGAUGCCGGUGCGGAUUUGGAUUCUGGAGCUCUCACACCUAGUCGCGGGAAAAAGGGUUCUUCUUCUAAUUUAAGUACAGCGUCGCUGACCUCCCCGACGAUGAGGCGAGACUACUACCGAGGCUCGCAGGACAGUCUCACUGCUGCCCAUUUCGAUGAACGACGUUCCGGCCCUCUUUAUCGGGGCGGCAGUCUCAGGGUAUCUUCCGUAGAUUCGCCCGACGACGGUAGAGGUUCCUCCCCUUGCCGAAGUAUGAAUCAACUUGGUCGACGUGGUUCCUACAAAACGUCCAGAGAUGUGCAGGAGCCUCAGCAACAGGUUAGAGGCAGGCCUAAAUACCCGAGUUACCAAAACUUUAAGGGGAGAAAGUCUAAUUCCUUGAUGAAUUUGUGUGGUUCGAGUAGUGAUCAAGACGGUAUGAUGUGUCGAUACACAGAUACGGACAGCGGCCUGGGCAGAGCAACACCACCGAGGAGAGCACCGAGUCCGGGCAUGGGCAGCAUGAGGCAUCUUCCUUCGCCAUCGGGACCUGGAUCUCUACCUCCUGGUUUGAUGACUAAGAGACGAGUGUUUGAUGAUGGUAGCAGUGACAUCAGUAGCACACCAAGUUCAAUGAUGGACUAUAACGGUCCAAGAUUAUAUAAACAACCAACGACGAAGUCGAAUCGUGGAAUUAUGUUAAACGCCGUUGAAUACUGUGUGUUUCCUGGUACAGUAAACAAAGAAGCGAAAAGAAGAGUUUUAGACGAGAUUGCAAGAUCGGAAAGCAAGCACUUCCUUAUUUUAUUUCGAGAUGCUGGCUGCCAAUUCCGGGCUCUUUAUUCGUAUUGCCCUGAUAGAGAAGAAGUAUCUAAAUUGUACGGUACUGGACCGAAACAAGUCAUUGAUAAAAUGUUCGACAAAUUUUUCAAAUACAAUUCGGGAGGAAAAUGCUUUUCACAAGUUCACACGAAGCAUCUGACCGUAACCAUAGAUGCCUUUACGAUACACAAUAGCCUUUGGCAGGGCAAGAAGGUGAAUUUGCCGAACAAGAAAGACAUGCCUCUCGUCAUAUAGUUUUACACAAGUGUCACACUUAACAUUAAUGCUACUAUGCCCUUUGUUGUUCAUAGUUACUAUUUUAAUACAGGCCCAUAUUAAAUUAAUGCAAAACGUUGCGUUCUUAGUCAAUUUUAUAAAAGGCAAAUGAUUGAUGCUGAUUCGUACAGAGAGAGACGAAUGUGCAAUCUUCAAUUCGAGUGUUUUGGCGCGAUUUCAUGCUAUACUUAAAAAGGCGUAUCGUUACCCCAAUUACAUCCUUUCGUUUGUCAUUUGUUCUCUUUUUCUUUUUGUUUUUGUUUUGUUUUAUUUCGUUUGUAAGUUUAACGUUGGCAUCAAUCACCGUGUCGUAAGGUUUACCAAUAUCUAUUAAUAGGAAUGGUUUGUUGUCAGUAUCUAAUACCUUUGCGGACUAACUUUCGACUUGUAAGCUGCUGUGUUGUAAAUGAAACAUGUGACUGAUGUUAAAAGGUAUUAAUUUUUUUUUUAAUAAUUCUCAUCGCUAAGAGAGGCAGGGCUUUCAUAAAUGUCAUGUAAAACGAAUGUUUCGUAUUUGUAUUGCAUUAAGUAAUUCGCACAUGUUUCCCCGUUACGCGUAAAUUAAAAAUUCUUAAUUAUCAUUAUUCUUAUUCUUAUUAUUAUUAUAGCAUUGACUUUUACAGAUCGAUAAACAUAAAUGGAGGAUCAUUAAUUUGAAUAGCCAAAUUUUUCGAAUCUUUGUAUUUAAUUAGUGCUUAUUUAAUAUUUUAAAACUGAAAACACUAAGUGAUAUGCUUACUUCAUAUAAAAAUUAUUUCUUUCACUAUAAAUUCAGUAUAUAAAUUUUUUAAUUAAAUGAUUUAGCCUGUUAACUUAGGAAUAUUUUUAAUUUUUCUUCUCGUGUGUGUAAUAAAGGAGAAAAUAGUUUAACUAUUUAAUUGCGGAUAUUUUUUACCUUUGCAUGCUUUGUAUCUGAGUGAAUUAAUUUAUUUUUUCCUUAACAGGUUAAUAAUGUUUCGUCCAAAAAUUUCUUCAUUUUUUAUAUCGUGAAAUUUUCUUUUCCUUUAUGUAAACUUUUUAAACCGAAUUAAUGAUUCCUCAUAAAGUAUUGAGAUUUGCAGCUGUUGACGGUUGCAGCAACGUUUGUAGGUGUAAUUCGUUCUUUAAAUAAAAGCGUGUAAGAACCAGCUCACGGACUAAAAAACGAAAAAGAAAAAAUGUGGGUUUGUAAAUAAUUAUGUUGAUUCUGAUUAGUGAAAGAGAAUACCAAAUCAGCCUUAAGAUCGAUCUGAAUGCAAUCGAUGUUGUGCAAGGAUGAUUUUCUUUACGGUGUAGGUACACACUAUAAUUUAUAUAAUGUCGCAUUGAUCUUUAAAUUUCGAAGCGAAUUUUACGAAGUGUGUUAGAUAUACUGAGUGUCCUGGUAGAAGUAAGAAAAAUACUGUCGUACAAACAUCGGCUUAUGAAUGCUUUAUUAAAAAGUUACAAUGAAAAUGUGGAAUAACUAGGGAUUUAUUCUUCAUAAAUAAAGUUUUACCACGUUAUAACUUUUGAACAAAAUAUACGCUUAUGUUUGUACAACAUUCUUUUUUUAUCUCCAUUUGUAAAACAUACCAGGACACAGGAGAGUAUGAGAAACCAUUGAAAAACUGUACCAAAAGUAAAUUCGUUCUCCUAGGAGAAUUUUGGUAAUUGAUAAGUGUUGUCCAUGUAUAAAAAAAGAUGGCUAAAAGAACCGGUGAGAUUUUCGAUCAGACGCUCUCUGUUUUCUAUUUUUUGUGCGCAAUUCAUACUUAUUUUGUAUAAUGUAUCGGACACUGAACUCUGAUAUUAGAGCGUUGUAAGAGGAAGGCAGAGAAUGGCGCGGGAUGAAAGUACCCGUUAUAACAAAGUCGACGUGUGCACAGAUUUUUAACAAAAAUUAAUAUUUAUUUCAAUUUCCUAGGCCUAAAUGUUUUUAAUACGACAGUCCAUAGUCUGCGUUUCUCGUGAACGAAUUAACAAUUUAUUUAUAAACAUCGUAGCGACAGGGCCGACGUGAAUAUUGCAAAUUUAGGUAUCAAAAUUUUGCGGGGCCAAAAGCAAUUUAUUUGCAUAUUUAAAAUCAGAAUGUUUUGUAAUUAGAUAACCUCAAAUUUGGGAUGCUUUGAAAUUAGAACACUUUAAAUUUGGAAUGCUUUAAACUUGGAAUGUUUCAAAUUUGGAAUGCUUCAAACUUGAAUCACUUCAGGUUUAUUAAAAACUUGGAAUGUUUCAAAUUUGGAACGCUUUAAACUUGAAACACUUCAGGUUUAUUGAAAACUUGCUAUGCUUCAAACUUGGAACCCUUCAAGCUUCAGAUACUUUAAACUUCAGACAUUUUAAGCUUUGAACAAACUUGGAAUGCUUCUGCAAAGGUUUUUGAAAUUUAAUUCUAAGCUCUUGAUGCUUAAAAUGCUACAAGCUCAGGACAAUUAUAAAUGUUAUUAGUACUAUAAUGCUAUGUAACCCCACAAAAUUUUCGAUAAAGUUUUUUUGUGCCCUUUAAAGCCUAGCACCGGCCGUGCGUAACGUAUGAAAAAUUUUAAAGAAGCGAACUAAAGCGUUCGUUAGUUCGUUAAUCGUCCGUUUUUACGAGUUUUAUCGACAGUAUACAGGGUGCUUCAAACGGAACGCUUAAAAUUUUCAACUGUGAUUACAGUUUAUUUGAGAUAGUUAUUGACGUAAAUAAAUUUCAUUUGUCAUUUACGAUUAUAUUUCUUUCCAUCUGAAAUUGUUGUGUGUUUCGAAACACCCUGUAUAUCCUUCGUUCUCCAGCUGGCAAUUGUUCUCCUUAUUUAGUAUGGUUUGUGUCAUUUCCUAAUGGAACGUGUCAGUCCAAUUUCCAGCGAGAUGUAACACGCGCCUCUUGUAUUGUACAUGAUGACUAAUUAGCAUAAUAAUGUUAA